AUGAGCGACGCUGCAGCAACUACUCUAACUACCAUAUCAGCAGUGCAGUCAGCACUGACUGUAUUAUCUGCAUUGCAGUUGACGGCCUUCCGCUACCCAUCCAAUUGUUCCCUAACAAAUGCUUCUUCUUAUGACUUCAUUGUUGUUGGCGGUGGCAGCGCUGGGUCAGUACUUGCCUACCGACUCUCAGCUAAUACCAGCCACAAAGUCCUGUUAAUCGAAGAAGGCUCGUACCCACCUCUUGAAACCGAAUUUCCGCUACUGUUCACGCCGAUACCAAAAACUUCUGUUGACUACGACACAUCUUCUGUAAACGAUGGGUAUGCUAACCAGAAUCUGCAAGACCAAAUUAUUAGUCUAACUCAGGGAAAAAUGCUUGGUGGCAGCAGCAGCCUCAACCAUAUGAUACACGUACAAGGAGAUCCCCAUGACUACAAUCAGUGGGCAUCCAUUCUAGGGGAUGAUUCCUGGAACUAUGAAAAUGUUCUACAAUACUUCAAGAAAUUAGAAAACUUGACUGACGUAGAUUUGCUUGCAACAUCCUUCGCUGACCUCCAUGGUACUGACGGUAUGAUAAAAAUUGCAAGAGAACCAUCAUCUACAAGUGCUAAAUACUUAGAAGCCUUUGCAGAGCUUGGAAUCCCAACAGUUGACGAUACAACAUCUAAAACUUCAUCAAUUGGUGCCGCCGAUCCUUUGUACGCUAUUGGUGACAAUUUAAGACAGAGUAACGCUCUUGCUUACUUGGCUCGUGCUAAGUCUUUUGAUAAUCUAUGUGUUGCACUAUCUACCAAAGCACAAAAGAUUUUAUUCGACGGUACCACUGCUACUGGUGUUCAAGUUACUACAUCCAGUGGUGAAUCUCUUGUAUUAUACGCAAACAAGGAAGUAAUUGUAUCUGCCGGUGCGAUACACUCCCCUCAAUUGUUGAUGGUAUCCGGUAUUGGACCUAAAUCACAUCUGGAAUCGUUUGACAUUUCAGUAGUAGCUGAUUUACCUGUCGGUCAAAACUUAAUGGACCAUCCAUCAGCCGUACUCUUGAUUCAAAUGGAAGCUAGCACUGAAACUACUCCAGCAGCUAAUCCAUACGUAUUCCCUGUACCAACUACCACUUUCUAUGCUGCUAUUGAUUCAACUCAGACUUACCCAGAUUAUCAGACUAUUAAUCUUGUAUUCCCUCACGACUCUGGCGCCAUGAUGCAACUUUGCACUAACGUUUUUAAAUACUCUAACGAUAUAUGCAACAAAUUCUACGAAGCUAACGUGGGCCGAUCUGUACUGUUCGUAGUACAUAACUUGAUGAUGCCAAACUCACGUGGUAACGUAAGUCUUGCUAGUGCUGAUAUUUCCGAGGAGCCGUUAGUAUACACUGGUACAUACAGUAACAGUACUGAUUUGGACUUGAUGAUCGAAUGCCUGGAAGAUUUUGCAGCAGUAUUAAAUACAACAUACUUCAAGAGCGUUGAUGCGACACUAGUUGAUACUGGGCUUUGCACUGGUAAAACAGGCACAGAGUUCUGGAAUUGUUACGCCUUGGGAAUGUCAUCUACUAUGUGGCAUUAUGCAGGUACUUGUGCUAUGGGAUCAGUUGUAGACAGCACACUUAAAGUGAAGGGCAUAAGUGGCUUGCGAGUUGCUGAUGCUAGUGUUAUGCCUACUGAAGUCAGUGGUAACAUAAACGCUGCAGUCACAAUGAUUGGUGAGAAAGCUGCCGCUCAUAUUCUUGCCGAUUACUAGAUCACAAUAGUUUCGAUACUAUAGGUACUGUGUACUAUUCAAUUUACUUUUGAUUUGUUAUUACUAAUUCAUUCAUUCUGUGGUACUUUUCAUUUGAUGCUAAUAACGAUUCCUACAAAAUAUUUUAUUUGUAACUGCUAC